CCAGGAAAGGGUAGAGGAUGAGCAGAUAAGAUCUGUCCUUUAGAUCAGCAACAGAGGAGGAGGCUGCCCACUUGGAAGAAAAGAAAAUUGUUGUCAUCAACGAAAGUGGAAGAACAUUUCUUCUCUCCAGUUGGAUCUGAUGAGUCCUUUGGAGCUUGUGUUUUGGAGCGCAAGGCAUUGAAUAAAAGAAUGGAAUUAGGAAAAGCCAAACUUCUGAGAAGUGGCCUAAAUGCUUUAUAUCAAGCCAUUCACCCAAUGCAUGGGAUCGCGUGGACGGAUGGCAAGCAAGUGGCCCUGACGGCGUUGCACUAUCACAAUAAGGAGCUGAAGUUUGGAGACUCAACUGUCAUUGGCCAGUUUGAACAUGUCCACGGGCUGUACUGGAGCCCGCACCACUCUGCCAACACACCGGCGCUGCUUGCAGUUCAGCACAAGAAACAUGUGAGUGUCUGGCAGCUGAGCCACAGUGCUGCAGAAAAGAACAAACUCGUGGUUUCUCAGACCUGCGAGGUUGGUGAGCCAUUCCAAUUGCUUCCUCAGGGCUGCGUGUGGCAUCCCAAGAGGGACAUUUUAUCUGUGCUUACCAAAAGGGAUGCUUCUGUUUUGUACGCUGUUCGUUCAGACAACUCUAGGGUUAAAGCCGAUAUCAAAAGCAGUGGUCUCAUUCAUUGUGCCUGCUGGACCAAAGAUGGCAGUCGCUUGGUUGUUGCCAUAAGCACCGCUCUUCAUUCCUAUAUAUGGGACGAUGCCAGGAAGACAUUAAGUGCAUGUUCCUUUUGCCCGAUAUUUGAUGUUGGGAGCUAUAUCUGUGCUAUUGAAGCCACUGUGGAUUUCCAGAUUGCUGUGGCUACUGAGCUUCCUCUGGAUAAGAUAUGUGGCCUAAAUGCAGGUAUUACAUUUGAGUUGCCAGUAGGUACUGAAACGGGGUCUGUCACAUCACAGUCUACAUUGGUACUUGGGGAUGAGGAAUAUUCUAUGGAUUUGAGGAGAAAGUCCAUUGAAUCUGACAAAUCGGCAACAAUUGAGUCAGUGGCGUCAUCCUCAUCAGGCCCGGUUGAUUUAACACAUAUCCUUGCAAACCAUCGGAGAUCUGAUCCCAGCCCUCUGAUUACUUUGAGAAGGAAGGACUAUACUCCCGGAACUGGACAAGAUUCAUCCCACUUGAUUUUAGUGACUUUUGAAGGUAAAGUAACCACAACCAGGAAAGUCAGUAUUCCCGGUAUUUUGGUCCCGGAUAUAAUUGCCUUUGACCUUAAAGCGCAAACUGUGGCAAUCGCCUCGAAUACUUGUAACAUUGUUUUGGUCUAUUCUGUAACCUCCUUCUGCAUGCCCAACAUCCAACAAAUCCAGCUAGAGAAAAGUGAACGACCCAAAGGUCUAACCUUUUUGACGGAUAAUCUCUUAUUGAUUUUGAUUGGCAAGCAAAAGUUCACUGACCCUGCACUUAUUCCAUCAUCUAAUUCAGACAGAUAUAUCAUCCGCCUAAUGAUCAAAGAAUUAUCAUUUGAAGAAGAAUCUUCAGCCAAAUCUAAUACUCCUCAAAGUCUUCCUUUUAGUGUUGAGUCGUCAGUGAACCUACCUGGGAAAAGAAAAUAUUUUGAGAAUCUCAUAUCAGAGAAUCAUGUUGUAGGCCGGGAGCUCCUAAUACCAGGGAGCACUAUUAUCCAGUCUUCUAGUGGAAGAAGGCGUAUGUUGGAAGAACUGAAGAGUCCCAGUUAUGAACAAAGUUCAUCAUCCAGCAUGAGUGAUUUUGACGAAAGAAGAGCCUUGGCAGAUCCAACCAUUGCUCUAGAAACAUUGGAUACCGAGCCAGUAAACCGAUCAGUAGCCCUCUUUGGUCUUGGAACAUCUGCUAGGUUUUCCCAUCGAUGUGUUUCCCCUAAAGUGAUACAAGAAACUCUAAAUUCUCCGAAAAACAACACUUUGGCCAGUGAAAAGGGGGCGUGUCAGAUAUCCAGAAAUCUGGAACGACUGUGUGGAAGUUUUAAUGACUUGCAACUGCGACUUCUGGAAAUAACAGAAUUCACUAAAAAUGGGAACAAAUUAUCGGUCGCCUACCCAUCUUCUCAAGAACCACCUUUUGUUCACAUCACCUAUCAGAAGCUUUAUUCGAAUGGAUCCAUAGUUGAAGAAACAAAAACUGUCCUCCUAUGUGAUGGCAAGAUUCAUCUAAGUUUAGUCCAGCAGCUGUUUGAUCUGCCCGUUGUUGAAAUGAAAUAUGGUUCUUCUUGGAUUGUUCUUGCUGCAGAUAAUGAAGGUUUUAUUCCACUAACAUUCAAAGCAAAGCAGGAGAUAAUCAUAAGGGAAGGAAGUGAUAGUUUGGAAACCUGUGGAAGUCGUUCCUUCAAAAGAAAAAAUCCUUCACAACCACCAAGCAGUGUGACCUAAUUAGACAACCACUU